AUGAGCCGGUUCGGCAGGCCGCCAGUCGUCGGGAAGGGCAGCACGACGGGCAUGAACGGCUCGUCCAAGUGGUCAACAGAGCAUCUCGAGGAGGAGCCAGCAAGGUCAAGCCCCAAGCUCAAGCUCGACGUAGAGCAAGAACCGCAGUCAUUCGCUGGCGCCAAUCACAACGGGCAUAGCUCGUCCUCAGCUUCACCGACGACGCCAAAAGCUCGGACCCAUGCAUUUGUGCCUGCGCUGCAGCUCGAAGACGAUACACAAGCCAUCAGGCCGCUGGAUGCCAACGACACAGCCCAGGAUGAGACCUUCAAAGUCGGUCAGCCGGCAUCUGCGAGUACCGUGCCUCAGUCAAGCGAGGCAGAGGCGGGCUUUACGCUCCAUCACCUCGAACAAGCUCCGCCGGUCGCUCGAGGGCCAGGCAGUUCCGACGGUUCUGACCGAGCCGCCAAUGGCCAUGCCACGCCUAUCGAGGACUUGUCUGCAUCGACGUCAACCCUAGGCGCGCCCGAGCGGUUCGCCACGCCCAGAUUGCCCCAGAGAAAACAGAGACCGGCGUUCAUGCAUGCACAAGUGUCUCGAUUGCGUUCGAUCUCAGCACAGUCUAGUGAUGUUGCUACCGGCAUCCGGAGACUGCCCUCGCAGACUUCGCUGGCCUCUGUUGCGACUGGCGCUUCUGAUCUGCCGCGGCGUCAGGGACCGGUCUUCUCGCCUUCUGUUUCCGUGCUCGAUCAUCUGUCUGAAGCAGGCGACUCUUCCCUGCGGCACGACAGGCUGCUCGAUGUGACAGGCCAGGAUCAAUCUGGCCAGACGUCUGCAGCUGCCUCAACUGCCAGUUUGACAGGGAUAGCGUCCGCGUUGCAACGAUCCGAUCCGUUCAGAUGGACGCCUCUACGCAAAGUAUCCGCGCGAGCUUUUCAAACACGUCCAAGAAGAAGCGCACAGCAACCCACCAACGUUGCGCUCUCUCACUUAGCCCUGCUGGGUGCGCCAACGACCUUGGCGGCAAACGGCUUCAUCGCCAUCGGACAUGAACGAGGUUGGGUAUCUGUCUUUGAUUACACGCAGACUCUGCGCUGCAUCGCCGGCUCUGAAGCCAUCGCCAAUGAAGCGGGCGCAGUCACCGCUCUGGCAAUCUCGCACGACCACUCCUUCCUCGCCGUUGGACAUGCAAAUGGCGCAAUACAUCUUUACGACGUCACGAAGCCUGCUCAACCCGCUAGAAGCGUACCACCUACUACGCUCGAUCUGGUCGUCGCAGGCCGGGCAGAGGGUCACCUUAUUGGAAGCAAGAUCACAAGACUCGGAUUUGUUGGGCUACGGCAUACUGCCAUCGUCUCCUCUGACGAGUCAGGCCUAACCUUUUACCAUUCGCUCGGUAAAGUCUUCGGCCUGGCUAAUACAGAUGUCGUCAGGAUACUAGGACAAUACCCUAGUGAUUCCUCGAGGAUCGUUUCGACAAGGCGACCAUCCGAUCCGCAGACAACUGCGAUAGAUCAUGUUGGCUUCAAGAUGCCCAGACGGCGUAAGCCGAUCUCAGUCAUCGACAUGGCGCCUUUGCCACUUGGUCCCUUGCCACACACCUCUGAUGACCUAGCUCUCGUAGCGAUCAUCACAGCGAGCAAAAUCCUCAUAGCUGGCCUCAAGCCUAGCCCGCGAACCUGGUGGCGAGCCGUGCGGGAGGAUUCGAAGCCAGACGCUUUCGGUGCUUUAGCCUGGUUCCCUUGCCGUGCAGCGCUUGCAGAUGAAGCGGGCGACGCCGCCCGGGAUCCAUUGCUAGCUUAUGCUUGGGGUAACCAAGUCUACUUUGUCCACGUAGCUGCUGCAACACCUGCUGAAUCGCCAGAUAAAAAGGCCGCGCCCCAGCUCAUCUUUCGGCAAGGCAGCUCGUGGCAAAGCCGUGACAAUAUAAUUGAUCUCUUAUGGAUCUCACCCAGGGCUCUCCUCGUGGUCAGCACAGUCAGUAUGGAGAUCAUAGAUCCAACGACGAAACAACGUACUGCUCGAGGACGGCCCAAUUUCGCUUUCCUUCCCUCUGGCGAUCCGCCAAGAGAUGUCGUAGCGCAGCGAAGCGACGGAGAAGCGUCUCUGCAGACCCUGCGUGCUCACAAAGGCAAAGUCUUCUGGCUUACAUCAGUCGAUCUGCAAGUCGGCAUACCCUUCUCCUGGGCAGAUCGCGUGCUCGAGCUCGUCAAUAGUAGCCGCUUGCUCGAAGCUAUCGAACUCACCACAGCAUACUAUAAAGGCGAGGCGCAAGGCGGAACGAGCGGUCUGCCCGAAGAUGACGCUCUGCGGCGCGAUACAGUACGACCCAAGCUCUUUGAGAUUAUGAACGCCUCCCUACGUUACUGCUUCUCCGAAGAGCGAAUGAUCAGUCAGCACGCAAGCUCGGACGGCCGCGGCGUCGAUCGCAGCAGCUUAUUCGAGGGUCUUGUCGGCGUCUGCACCCGCGCCUGCUUAGCGCUGAACGAGCAUGACUACUUGUUCAACGAUGUCUUCGAAGCGUAUUUGGAGCAUGGUAUAGAGAGCAUCUAUCUUGCACGCAUUGAACCUUUCAUAUUGGCCGACAAGCUGCCAAGACCGCCUAUACCAAUCGUACAGCGACUCGUCGACAUGCACGAGCGGGCAGGCGAAGAGAGAGAAGCAGAGCAAAUCCUAUGGCACGUCGAUGCGGACUGUCUCGACAUCGAUCAAGCAAUACAGCUCUGUAGGAGGCAUAAUUUACAAGAUGCACUGAUCUACGUCUACUCGCAAUCAAUGCUUGACUACAUUACCCCUCUGGUCGAGCUGAUCGGCAUGAUCGCUGGCAUUCUGCGUCGGCGCGAAGACGCAUUGCACAACUCUGAGCGGAACGACGCAGAAACGACAGCAUCGCAAGCGUACAAGAUUUUUCCGUACCUAUCGGACGUACUGUCCGGACUUGUGUACCCCAGCAAACGCGUCAUUGAAGUCACGGCAGCCAAUCGCGCUCGAAGGUUGCUAUAUGGCUUCCUGCUCUCUAGACGAAGCAUCGCGUGGCCGCGUGGCGCAGCCGACAGCGUGCUGACUACUACAUCCCUCGAAGACGAGCCGAUAUAUCCCUACGCGACGGCACUACUACGCUUCGAUGCUGAAGCGAUGCUAGAUGUGCUAGAUCUCGCAUUCGAGGAUAGCUUCCUCAAUCAGGAGUCCUCUCGUAUGGAUACGCUCAGCCGGCAAGGCAUAAUCGACGUGCUUCUCGAUGUUGCCAGUCAAACCGAUACAAGGCUUCUCGAAAGCGAUCUGACCUUCCUGCAUAUCUUUGUCGCUCGAAAUUUGCCCAAGUAUCCGCAGUUCAUUAGCCUCUCACGCACGGCGUAUUGGACGAUCUUUCAACACUUGACGAGCGAUCCCGAUCUGAGCACAUACGCCGAUAGACAGCUCGCGAUCGAGUACCUUCUAUCGGUUUAUGCACCUGAUGACCACGAUGAGGAAUCAGUCAGAUUGCUGGAAAGUGCUGGCUUCUACCGCAUACUCAAGUCGCGACAUCGGCACAAACGUGAUUGGCCAGCAUACGUCGAGGUACUUCUGGCGGACGAAGACGAUAACGAUGGGCUCUUCGCCGAUCUCGACGCGGCUUUGUCAGACACCAAUGUCACUGAUAUACGAAGCGUACAAAGCAAGAUUUUCGAGGGCAUGCCGACCUUAAUUGCUCAUGGAGCUCAAGAGGCAGUGGCAUUCGUCGAGACCAAGAUGUCUUCGAACCACAAUGCUGCAAUUGCUGCCCUGCAUGACGCGCCCAAUUUGCGAUAUGCGUACCUUCGAGCUCUGUUACAUCCGCUUGACGAUCUUGACAACCCUUUACCAGACGUCGCUGGUAUUGUUCAGCUCGAGCCACAAUAUCAGGAUCAGUUCUUGGAUGAUCUCUGCGAAUACGACCCAGGCGAAGUGCUGCAAUACCUCACAUAUCACUCGCGAGCGGCCACAGUGCAUGCGCAGGAGAUUUGCCGCAGCCACAACGUCUACGACGCCUCUGUCUGGCUCAGUCACCGGCUCCGAGGCAGCGCAGCUGCACUCACUACUUUCAGCUGGUGUAUGGAGCACGCGACAGAUCCUCUGUCAGACGCGUAUGGUGACGGCGAGGCGCUCAUCGGACAGGCUUGCAAAGUGGCUUGCGAAGUUUGCGCCGCAGAUGAUCAAGAGCAAGCAGCGACUGAUGCUUGGCACGCGCUGCUCUCGUCGAUCAUGAGCACAGCUGCAUCUACCAGCUCGAAGGGCGAACUGUAUUCGCUGACGACUAGUGUGCUCAAUCAGGCCCUACUCGCGCUCGUUGCCAAUGCAACACGUCAACGAGUCGCCCUGCCUGCCCUAAUGCGUCAGCUGAUCGAGGAUCUAUCUCGGUCAAGGUCGAGCAGUGCGGGUAUCCAAUAUUCGGCGUUCCGGACGGUAGUAAGCACAAUGAUCGAUACAUGUCGCUCGGAAACCGAUCUUUUGACUGCCACGAGCAAUCUGACGGCGCAAGACGUCUGGGACCAGACCGAACUGCUCUUCGUCGAGCGUGAACUGGGCUGGCGAAGUCGCUCUCGAGUCUGCAGUGUGUGUCAGUCAGAGCUUGUCGAGCGCAAGCAGGAGAGCGACUUUGAUCUCAUCCGGCCCCGUGCAUUGAGCAUGGUCUCUCAAGCAAGUCAAAAGUCGCUUCAAUCACCAAAGAUGUCGCUCAAAGGCAAGGAGGUCGAUUGGGGCGCUGCACCUCGGCAGCCCGAGACGGAGCAGAAAUCGAUCGUCAUUAUGCGAGAUGGCCGGGUCAUGCAUGCUCACUGCUUCGGUCGUUAG